GCCACGCGAAACCUCGGACACUUAGGCCUCAGGAGCUGCAUAAAAGGGGCUUUGUGGUUGCCCAUACGUAUAUUUGGCUGCUCAGUGUGUUCAGCGGGCGUUGGGGCAGAGGACGAGAGGCGGUGGCCCGGCUGAGCAACUGCAAGGUGCUAUCAACAUCGCGAUAUCGCCAGGUCAGGGAUAACGCCGCCACCCACUCGCUAUGAUCUCCAAUGUUUCUGGAAAUGCGCGCGAAGGUGCAGAGCCAUCGAGCGCUCCCCGUCAUCCAUACGCGGCCGCGUCGAACGGCUUCGGCGGCUCGAAUAGCAGCAUCGGCAGCCUCCAUCCAUCGUCAGCGCUAGGCACAGGGUCAGAAGCCUCUGCGACUGACGCGCAAGAGUUGAUUUCGAAACUCGAAAUUGAGCUCAAGGUCAAAGAUGGAGCUGAGAACCUGUUACUUCUGUUGCAAGCUGAGGGGGACAGCAAGGCGGGCUUGAAGGUGCAAGUCGAAGCGGAGCUGCAAAGCGCUUACAGCAAAAUACAGGCUCUUCAGUCGGCCAUAGAGGAUGCUCAGACUCGUGGUCAGUAUGCACAACCUUCACAAGGAGACUCAUUUUCGUAUCAGGGCCAUGAAGAAAUCGAGCUCUCAGAAGACCCUGCUUCCUCAGCUGCCAUUAUUGAUGGUAUUGGCUAUGCAAGGAGCUCGACUCACAAGGAUCAUCGGUAUCGGCACGGUGCUUCUGGAGCUUUGCCGGACGCAGAUGUACAAACCGGAUCGUUCGGAGCGAACCUAUCCAUCUCUAGCCAAAUCGGGGCUCCAGGUGGCCUUGGAAUUGUGGGCAUCUCGCCUCCAAGGGACGUCCUGACAGAGGUCCAAGGAACGUCUGGAGCACCAGAAGCGACCCGCAUAGCAAAGUCUCAAGCUGAAGCACUUUUUGCCAUGUUAAAAAGCUUGUCGCAGAUGGACGAAGACGUGACGGUACAAAAUGCGAGAGAGACAGGGCCGGCAGUGACGGUUCAGCGACGCAUUCGAAAUGCUCCCGGCCACAUCCGCACUCCAAGCAAUGCGGCCGGUCUCGGACAAAAGGCCAAGCAAAGGAUGGACACCAUGUUGCGCAUUGUCAGCUUGCUUCGCAGCAACAUUAGAGUUAGGUAUGAGGUGGACGCAGCAGCACUGGUCGAUGCCGUGCUCCCGUGUCUGAGUGACCCCGCUGGAAAAGAAGUGCGUGCGCACGCCUAUCGUACGUUGCGACACGCAGUCGUCCGACCUCCGAAAGCUCUUUGCGACGCUUUCAGAGCCAAGGGCCUUCCCCUGUAUCUCAUGCAUACACUUCUGCGUGACCAUCGCUUUGAACAAGAGCGAGAGCAAGCUCUCAAGCUCAUACGCGCAAUCAUGGAAGCAGGAACAAGCGGAUCCAAGGUUUUGCAUCACACCGGAUCUCUGCAGGAAUACAUCGACAUCGGCACCGUCAGAGCGCUAGUCGCUAUUGCAGAGCAACCAGAUGACAAGCUGCGAGACAUAUGCGUUGAGACACUUGGCGAGCUUGCCCUCAUCGAUCUUGAAUUUCUGGUACGCGCCGGCGGGUUAGGACCUCUUUUGCACUCUCUCACAGAACACAACACGGAUCUCGCCCCCACGCUGAUGCGCACACUUUUGUCGCUGCUGGAUGCACCUGCCACGAGAUCGUACUUACGACCAGGGGUAGAUUUGGAGGUUGUGAUCUCCGGCUUUACAGACCCUCCUUAUCGAGCGUACGGAACCGCAGAAGCUGGUUUGCGCACUACUGCUCGCGUGGUAUCUGUGAUGCUACGAAGCUGGACAGGCCUGAUCUACCUGUGCAUGAAGGAUCUGCAUGCGAUCCGAUCGCUCGUGCAGGCUCUGCGCAUCAAUCCCAACGAGGCUUGCGACGUAUUACUCGACAUGCUUUACGAUCUGUUCAAUAUGAAUGCCGGCUCAGAGACGGACGAGGCAUUCCAUGCACUGAAACGCAUGUCCUCAUUCUCUCCAGCAGCUCUGAACCAUAGCGAGGGCAAAGGCUGGGUAGCAGGUGACAAUUCAUGCAAGCACAAUCUCAUCGAUCAUUUCCUUGCCCUAGUUCUCAUGAUCUUCCUGGAAGCUGGGCUGCUCGAAGCGCUGGUACAUGUGAUCGAAUAUUAUCCCGAUCUCCGGCGAAAAGCAACACUACUUGUCGGGGAGGUGCUCAGUCUUUCAAAUCGGCUCCUUCCGCCUCACAUCAUUCCGCACAUCCACACGCUCCCACGACUGUUCACGUUGGCAUCAAAAGCCGAAGAUGCUGGGCCAGCUUCCCGCGAUGCCGCAUCCUCAGCGCUCAGUCUGAUUGACGCCCUUAGUCGCAAUCGCGUCGAUGGCCCAAGUUCCGCGAUCUUAUCGCCUGUGGCUAGCACGCGGGCAGAUCUACGAACGAUCGAUAAGGUGAGGCAGCGCCACCUCAUGCAGAUGGACGAUAUUGCCUUUCGAAAUAUGAUAGUCGAAACGCAGGUGCCAGUCUCAAAGGAUCACACAAAAUGGCAUAUGGAAAAACUCAACGACUUGCUGGAAGGGGCCCUCCUGGAUCCAAGGCGUGUGGAAGAGGCUAUGAAAGGAUCGUCAAGAUUCUUCAAGCGCAUGCUGGCAUUCUACCAUCCAUUUUCGUUGCGCUACAGCCAUAUCCGCAAGAGUCUUCAGACUUCCAUUAUCACGCGCAUGGGAUGCAGCAUGCUCGGGACAAUCAUGAACCAUCCGGAAGGGUUCCGUUUCUUAGCGGAAGAUCCCUUUCUGUCGCAAGUUGCGGAGUGCUUACUGCAGCUAGACGAGCUCAACCUUACUUCGACCGAGGAGCCCUUGAUGACGCGUGCGCGGAUGGAGGAAACGCUCACAGGCGGCUACUUUGAGAUGAUAAGCGUCUUCACGCGGUAUGCAGCAGGGGUGGAGCUUUUGGAGAAGUUUCAACUUUUCUCGAUCCUUCAUCGACUAGUCACGCAAAGCCGACGCGCUUACAUUGUGAAAGCGGCGCUUCAACACAUGGACCUGGAAACCGAUGGGCAUCCUCGAGCCCUUUUGUCACACGCAUUGACAGCUGGCUCCCGCCAUCUUCGCCUCUUUGCGACUCAUCGUAUAGCGGUGCUUCUUCGAACCUCCGAUGCACCGUCAAAUUGGGCUAUCGAGAUGCUGCUUACUCAGCUGUUUGACCCGUCGCGGGCAGUCAAGGAGGCUGCUGUCAAGUUCAUCGGCCAAGCUUGUCAGAGGCAACCUCUGCUCGACAUGGUGGUAUCCAAACGGCCUUCUUUGGAUCACCUCGGUGACACCGGGAAUCCGCUCUUACUAAAGUUUCUGGCAACGACGACCGGUGUACGACACCUGAUCGAAGGCGGCUAUGUUGACCAAAAUAUGGAAGACUGGUACACGGAAUGCAAUCACAGGUAUUGCGUUCAGCUUGAAGUCUGGCUGUCGCAGGCUGUAAACAUUUACAGGGUCCGAGGGCGGGGCGGACCCGUGCCUUUCAACGGAUGCGCACCUCCACACUUCUAUGGCGAGCUGGUCAAGACGGAAGCUGGAUGCAUGGCAUUGCACGACAAGGGACAUUUUGAAGAAUUUGCCCAGUUCAUCCAGCAACAUGCCUUUGAAGCGCAAGACACGGAGAUCUUGGGCCGCUUGAAGAGCGUGCUUUGGGCUGUGGGACAUAUCGCAACAGCGGAGGGUGGUCUGCAAUUUCUCGAAGCUCACGAUUUGGUGUCCACGAUUGUGGAAAUGGCAGAGCGGUCGCCAGUAAUUUCAAUUAAGGGAACUUGCUUCUUCGUGCUCGGCCUCAUCAGUACGACAGAGCCCGGUUAUGAGUUACUCAGCGACUUUGGUUGGAUAUCUGCGCGUGCAGCUUUCCAUCCAUCCAAUGGAAUCUGCCUACCGACAGACCUCAACCGCUUUGUGGAGCUGCCACUGUGGCAACCACAAAGCACUUUUGACCUACGUUACCUCAGAAUCAAAUCUCCCAAGAGUCUCGUGCAGCAUGAAAUAUUGCAAACAAUUGCCAACCUUGGCAACUCUAUCACUGCAAAUAAUGCUUCCAAAGCCCUGGCCAAGCUCAAACUGCGGCAUUCGCAACAAUUUCGUAAUCCCACUCUCAAGGCACGUGCGUUGGAAUUGCUGAGCAGCUUCUCGUUCAAGCAGACUGUUCGCAAGUACAUCUGGGACCUUUUCGACUUGCGCCUGGACGAAGAUAGCGUGCGGGAGCUUCAAGAAGCGCAUGCGGAGAUUAUGACUGCAACUGUGGCCCCAUCAGAGGAGACCCAAAACAUUGCGAUCCAGCCUAUUGCAAACGUGUUGUCUGCGGCUCGCGGGUCAGUCGAUGAAUCAGCCACUGGCAUUCUUACCAACCACUUACACGAAGAUGACAAUCGAAAUGGUGACGACGGAGACGCUAUCUCAGAUGUGCAAAUCUCGAACGCUCUCUCCUCGGUCCCCCGCAAACCUUUGGAAGUGGGAGACGAUGAUGAGUCCUCUGUCGGCUCUCUUCCAGUGCAAAGGCUGGGACCUCACUCGAAGCGGGAGGAGCCGGACCUCAACAUUCCUCCGCCAGAUCUGGAACCGCGUCGAAGAAUGGUGGGCGGCUUCGCAUAAGGCCGCAGACUGUAGCUCUACCUAUUCGCCCACUUGUAUAAUACAUUCACUUGGUACGCU